UGUAACGUACGCGUCGCAAUAAUUUUAAUUUAAUGUAAAUAAUUAAUGAUAUGUAGAAAACAUUUAUUUGUGGUGUUGUGUGUGUGUAUUUUAAAUUAUUUUCGGCAUGCUAAUGAUAAUUUUAUUUAUAUUAUAAUCUUGUAAAUAUUAGAGAUAUAUUGGGUGAACCACGAAUUUCAGCAAUUAUCAUGGCGUUCGACACAGUCUCCAUAAGCAGCAGCGAUGAUGAUGUUCCACUGAAGGCACUGGGUGCUACUGAUGAUGAUAUACCGCUAAAGGCGCUGGCGUCAUACGAGCCAAUUAAGUCUGCUGCUUUAAAGAAACACAGUGUGGAAAAUUGUGACUUCUGCGAUGAAGUCUUUGUGAACAAGUAUGACGCUUUAAUCCACAAUGGAAAACAUAUAAUCAUUCCACUAAUCAAGAAGGAGCUUCACCAAUGUCCUCUCUGUCUAUUUUAUUACACUUCUCGAUAUAAACUUAAACAUCACACAAGAAACAAACAUAAAAAUGAUGUUAACAAAACUGAGACAGUUAAACCAGCCAUUACGGAUAAUAAAAUAAUUGUACAUCCAGUCAAAGAAAAUAAUAAAAUAAUUAUAUAUCCAGUCAAAGAAAAUGAAAAACUUAAUAUAAAAGAUCAUGAUAAGCCUAAACUUAAUACUGAAAGUCAAGGAGUAACUAACAGAGAUAAUGAUAAAUAUAAGGAUACCACUGAAAGUAAAGUAACUAAAAAAGUCAGCUUUGUAGAUAUUUCUGACGAUGAAGACUUACCAUUAGUUAAUCAUUGUAAAAAGAAAGAAAUUAAAGUUGCUACAAACUUGGAUGAUGAAGAUUUGCCAUUAAUUUCUAAUACUAAUGCUAUCAAGACUGAUGAAACGCCUAAAUGUGAAACAGAAAUCUUAAGACAGGCACUUUUAAAGGAUGUCAAAGUGGUAAUUGAAAAAAUAGAAUUAUCACCUAAAGAGGAAUCUAAAACUGCAGUAAAUGGUCUAAUAGUGGCUGAGAAAAUUGAUGUGAAAGACAAUGAAAUACCUAAAUAUCAACCUACUGAAUACAAAAAUGCAGCAAAACCAGAUAUGUUUGAUGUCAAAGCAUUCCAGCCAGUUAAAGAAAAAGGGAAUAUAAGAAGUCGUCUCACAUUUGAAGACGACAUUGAUAUCUGUGAUGAUGAAGUGAUGAAUGAUUUAACUAAAGAGUGUAUUGUUGACAUGAAUCUAUUUGAUGAGCCAUGGUUCGAUGAGCUAGCUAAGAGUAUAACGAACGAUGAUGUUUUGGUUGAUGAUGAAGAUAUUAUAACUAUUGAUGAUGAUGAUGAGAAGAGUACAGCUGUUAAUGAGAUGGAAGAUGUAGAGUACACUCCAAGUACGCAUCACGAUGAAUUGAUAAGACCAGGAGUUUAUAGGUGCAGGAAAUGCCAACAGAUGUUUCCAACAAGAUUCAAUCAAAUCCAGCAUGAAAUGACUCAUAUGCACAUCCGAAAGCCCCGGCCCAUGCUCUGCGAAUACUGUGACCGCUUCAUAUCCACCAAGAAAGCCCUAAAAGACCACAUCGCUGCCAAGCACAACAUGCCUUACCGACCGAGAACCUUCAAACAGUGCAUGAAAUGUGGCCUAAGAUACAACGAUUACGAAACUCAUUUAGAGAACUAUCAUAUCGUUCUACGCUGCCAUUUAUGUAACGCUGACUUUGAUACUGAAAUCGACCGAUUGAACCAUAUCCGAGGACAUUUAGUCAAAAUAAAAUGCUCGCUAUGUGACUUCGCAGCAUCUGAACUUGAAAUAAAAGAACACCAGAGACGGUUCCACAAAGUUUCAAAUACAGUAUCAUCCACUUUUAAAUUGUGUGAAAUAUGCUGUCUUAUUUCUUAAGAAUAAAGGGAAUAUGCAAUAUAUCUUUGGGGAAACUGUCAGUGAGUUGGGUUUGAGGCUAGACUGUGAACAUUGUGGUAAUAAGUUCUUCCAUUUGACGCAAGUGAGGCGUAUUACGAAAGGUAGGAACGAUAGAAACUCUGAAAAGAAAAAGGUUUUGACUAAUAAGGAAAGGUUGAAGAAUAUACAGCAGCGGCUGAAAAUGAUUAAUAAACUUAGCAGGUUUUAAUUUU